AAUGUAAUAAAAAGAAAGUCAUACAUUUCGAUGUUUACUAAUUCAUAAUUGUAUCUCUAAACGAGAACACGUGCGAUUUUGUGCUUUAGUUACUUUCUUCAGUGAUGUUGAUAAGUUCGAAUCUAUAAAAAUCAUAUUUUCAUAAAUAAAAUUUGAAUUAAAUAAAACUGUUUGAUUUCAUUUCGUUCAAAGAUUUUUGUAAUAAAAUAGUGCUAUAGGUUAGUUAGGUUAUAUUUAACAGAUUGUUCGUUUAAAAGUAGUUAGCUAUAUAUAAACAAAUAAAAUUUAAUAUGCAAGAAGUUGUGGACAGUAAUUUUGACGCUUUAUAUCCACAAAUAGAGAAUGCUGUGAACAAUGCAAAUUUCAUUACUAUAGAUGCUGAAUUUUCGGGCAUAUAUUCAGAAGAACAUUUGAAACAUAGUUUGUUUGAUAGUCUUAAUGAUCGUUACAAGACACUGAAGAAAAAUAUUCAACAAUUUACGAUAGUGCAAUUUGGCAUUGCAACUUUUCACCAUGUGCCUUCUGAAAAUGUCUAUAAAACAGAAUGCUUUAAUUUUUACUUGUUUCCUAAAUCUAUACCAUUAAAAAAUAGAAAAAUAUCAUGGCAAGUGACAUCGUUAAAUUUUCUUUGUAAACAUAAUUUUGAUUUUAAUAAAUUUCUAAACGAUGGUAUCUGUUAUCUGAACGAGCCAGAUGAAAAGUUAUUAAAGGAUUAUUUAACACAAGGCGAUUUAGCAAAUAUUUUAGAACAUUUGUCGUUUGAAGAAGAAGUUGAGCUCAAUGAAUAUAAGAACCAACUUUCUGAAUGGAUGGCCAGGUCAGAACAGACAACAUUAAAAUUGCCAGUUAUUAAUCCUGUUUUGCAAUAUAUAUUACAUAAAGACUUAAGAAAUAAUUAUAAUAUUUGGACUAUAUCAGACACUAAAUCUAUGAGUUUUCUGAAAACAAUACCUGAUACACAGGAGUAUGUGUCGAAGCAGGAAAAUAAUUUGGAAGAAAUACUGCUAAAUUCUUUUAUGAGAUUUUCCAAAAUAUUUAAACUUUUAUCUUCUUCUAAGAAAUUCAUAGUAGGGCAUAAUGUACUUUUGGACUUAAUGUUCAUACAUCAACAAUUCUAUAAACCAUUACCAGAUUCAUACACAGAAUUCAAAAAUAAUAUACAUACAUUGUUUCCUAAGAUAUAUGACACAAAAUUUUUAAGUUUCAAAUUGCGGAAUUUAUAUAAAACUGAAGUGAACUGGAAGCAAAAUUCACUGAAUAUUCUGUACGAAUAUUUUACGACCACAGGAAGAGUUUUAAGUUUCAAUUCACCAAACAUUGUCCUUAAUGAAGAAUGUUCAAAUCAGAAAAGUUAUCACAGUGCUGGCUGGGAUGCUUAUUUUGCGGGGUGUAUAUUUGUGAAAAUGGCACAUUUAUUUUGUGUAAAAAAAUUUGGAACAGGUUUAGAAGAAAGAAUAGUAACACAUUCUGAAUUAAUGAGCUCUGUAAAAAAAUUUGUAAAUUCUAUAAAUAUAGCAAGAAGCAAUGAAAUGUAUAUGCAAUUUGAUGGGGAGGAUCCAAUAUUUUCAAGACCAGAAUGGCUUCACGUCAAAUUAAACUCACCAUCUAUAGAUAUUAAGGAGUUAAUAAACAAAUUCUCAUCUUUUGGUACAGUAGAUGUAAUGCCUUUUGCUCAUAGGUGUUUUUUAGUAGCUGUCACAAAUCAUAAUAGCGCGAUAAACAUAUUGCAGUUUUUCAAGAACAACUCGGAGAUUCAGGUGACACCGUACAGCCGUUUAAGACACGCGAAACACAUCACCAUUGGUUUGUGCUCGAACGAGACAGAGCCCGCGUUACGUCAAACAAAUUAAUGACUCUUCCACACAGAUCUGUGUGUGACUGCAGAAUCUCUAAUUAGCACCAAGAUUACCGUAGAUGCAUAAGUGAAGAUAAUUGUCGCGGUGCCAAUAAUUGUUGCGAAGCUUUCGUGUCCAUCGCAUCAUUACCUAAUGCUGAAAUUAUAAAAUUGUCGAAUUCGAUUCGUCUCUCAAUGUCUGUCGAAAUUAUUUCGAAAUGAACAUCAUAUAACGGUUUUUCCUUGAUAUUAAUUGCAUUAAUAUACAUUAAUUAUAUGUAUUCUACACGCAGUUAAAAAUUAAUCAGAUUGAUCGAACUUUGAUCGAAAAUAGGAUUAUCAAUACACUAUUGAUUGCUUAAAGAUAGACACAAUUAUUACAUUUUCCUCCAAAAAUUCAUUUUUAGAUUUUUUUACAUUUUCUAAGCCUUCAAGCUUUUAAUUUCUUGUUAAAACGAUAUUGAAUCAUGCUCAUAGUACGUUGUUCUGAUUUUUUCUAGUCUUAUCGAAUUUGAAAUUUUAAUUCUCUAAAUUAAAGAUUAAUAAAUUAUACAGACGUAAUGUCAAUAUGAUGUAAUAAAUUAUAAUAAUCAAUGAUUAUCUAAGAAGAUUGAAAAGAUAAUCGUAAGGCAGUGGAUUAAAGAUUUCACAUUUUUCAAAGAUUUUUACAUUGCUUUCUAUAAGAAAUCAAACGGGACAAAGAACUGUGUCAGGAACUAUUUUUAAUUAGGAAUC